AAGAAACUGAAAGUAAAGUCCUUUCUUUAGAAAACGGCUGAGCGCUCUCUUGUUUUUCUUUCAGCUUUACAAACCUACGCCACCACAUAAAUGGCCUCCAACGUCACUCUUUUAUCUGAGGAGCAGUUUCUCUGUCCAAUCUGCCUGGACAUGUUCACUCGACCAGUUUCCACUCCAUGUGGACACAACUUCUGUAUAUCCUGUCUCACAUCGUACUGGGACAACGAACCAAUCUGCCAGUGCCCGGUUUGUAAGGAAAAGUUUGAGCGGAGACCCAAUCUCAAGGUCAACACUUUCAUUUCAGAGCUUGCAUCACAGUUCAUGUUGCUUCAGGUGACAGAUGCUCACAUCUGGAGCCCAGACCAACUGAAGGCUAACACUGGCGGUGCAGUGCUGUGUGAUAUCUGUACUGACAUUCAGCAAGAGGCCGUCAAAUCCUGCGUGGAGUGUCUGACUUCUUACUGCAACGUUCAUCUAGAGCCUCAUCACAGAGCUGCCGGACUGAAGAGACACAAACUGGUCGAUCCUCUGGAGGACCUGGAGGACAGGCUCUGCAGGGAGCACAACCACCUCCAUGUGUUGUUUUGCAGAAAGGACAAAGUUUUGCUGUGUGACGUCUGCGCCAGUUCGCAGCACGUGAACCAUGAUGUUGUUCCUGUGCCUCGAGCAUACAAAGAGAUGAAAGAUCUGCUGGGAGACACAGAGGCAAAAGUGCAGCAGAUGAUCCAGGAAAGGCAACAGAAGGUGCAAGCCAUGACGGAGUCAGUAAAACAAAGCAAGAGAGAAACCAAGGAUGUUAUAGCUUAUAGCGUGCAGGACUUAACAGCACUGGUGUCUGAGAUUCAGAAGAGCCAGACGGAGCUCGUAGAAGUGAUGGAGAAGAAGCAAAAAGCUGCAGAAGAACGAGCGGAUGGUUUUAUUAGCAGUGUGGAGCAGGAGCUCACUGAGCUUCAGAGGACAGCGGUGAAACUGAGGGAGCUCAAACAGACUGAAGACCAGCUCCGUUUCCUCCAGAACUUCCCAAAUGCAUCCCACCUACCACCCAUCAUGGACUUGUCCUCAUUCAGCUUUGACAGACACGUGGAGAUACAGCACAUACAGAAAUGUUUGGUCAGCUCUGUGUCUCAGCUGCGAAUGUUACUGAACAACAUGAACACAGAAAUAAAUUCAUUCUCUGCAUCUGAAGACGCCACGCUGAGGUACGUUCGCCAGUAUGAGGUGAACAUUUUGCUGGAUCCUGAUACAGCUCACCCUCUGCUCAUUAUAUCUGAUGACAGGAAGCAGGUGAGAUACAGCAUGGGCUCAGGUUUGUGGGGACUCCAGAACCUGAACCCAAACAUGUUCACUGAACACCUCGCAGUGCUGGGACAGAGAGGCUUCUCGUCACGCAAGUUUUACUUUGAGGUGUUUGUGGGUCAAAAGACUGAAUGGUGUGUGGGCGUGGCCAUGGCUUCGGUCCAGAGGAGGGGGGCGCUUGUUCGGAGUCCUUCCUCUCGACUCUGGGCCAUCUGGUUUCUGGAGGACAAGUUUGAAACCUUCAGUUCUCCAGGUGUGUUCAUAUACUUUGGGAAAGUGGAGAGGGUCGGAGUGUUUGUGGAUUAUAACGGAGGUGUGAUAUCGUUCUACGAUGUACAUACCGCCACACUUAUUUUCUCAUUUACUGACUUUGUCUUCACCGAGGAGCUUUACCCUUAUUUAAAUCCUUGUGAUAAUGAAUAUGGUUCAAACUUGGAUCCAAUGGUUAUUGUUCCAGUCAGUCAUAUAGAGUGAACGGAGGCUUCAGAGACGCAGUGGUUUGUGGGUUAAUUACUAAAAUGCAGCUGAUGAGAUUGAUUUCAAAAGCACCUUAAAUUAAAUGAAGACUUUUUGAUGAGGCAGUUUUUCAUAAUUAUAAAAUAUGUAAAGCAUUGAUGGAGAAGAACCAUCUUCAGCAGCCAUUUGUGCGGCUUAGAUCCUAUAUUUUUCUGCUGUAUGUGUGUAUAUACAGUGAAACAAUAUUUCUCACAACCUUAAGCUUUUCUAUAAUAAUACUUUGUGAAAAAAAUGUGUUCUUGUAGGUGCCUGCGUUUUAUUUAAUUCAUGUUGGAUUCCUGGAACCCCUAGAUGCUUAAAAAGGUGACGCAAUUAAUCAAUCGUUACAAACUAUUAUUACUUAUUAUAUGUAAAUAUUGUUAAUUUAUUUUGAUUGGUUAACUGGUUGUUUCAGCUAACCAGCUACUGUUGUCUUAUGAUGGCAGGAUGUUGACUUCAAGAUGUUGAUUUGAUCAAACAAUAUUGCUUUAUUAUAUACAGGGAGCAAACAACAGAAACAAUUCAUUUACGUACUAAAUAUGAAAUACAAGCCUCAAACUUUACUGGCCACAGAAAAGCUUUUUUACAGAAUAAUGUGUUUUUUUUUUUACAAUGUCCUCAGACAGUGUUUGGAGCUCUGGCACUCACUCAGCACUUAUCGUGAUGACACAGGUGAAGUCAGUUUAAGUCUAUGAAGGUCGAGGGUUUUUCAUCGAAGACAUUUUUUAGAAAAACACAGGCGUGAGUAAUAAAAUGAAGUAUGGCUCAGUUCCAUUUAGAUGCUUCAGUGUCAGGGAGAUGGUUUUGUUAAUGCUGCCUCCCUGUCACACUGUCACGGUUUACUGGGACACUUGACUACAUAAGAGUUGUGGUUAAUUUCAUUAUUAUCUUCACCGUGACUUUUACUGCCAUGAAAAGUGAACAUGUCUGCUGAGAAAAGUGUGGGGGAAAUGUGGGAAAAUAAAUAAUUAACACUGAAAGUUAAUUCACCAUGAAUAAAACCCACUCAUAUAUUUCUAUAUGAGCUGAGUCAGUUCAGAUGAGUAGUGAAGGAACAACAAUGAAGGAAGUAUGAAAUAAAACCUGCAUCUAUGAGCCCUCGAGCUUUCUUUACAGCCACAGACAUUCAUAUCUAGGAUAUCAUAUAAAAAAAACAAUAUUUAUACCUAUGCAGGUAUGUUCAAUGUGAGGUAAUAUUGAGGCAAAUAUCUACCAGUCUGUUUGUCGAUGUUGUUUUCCUAAUUCAUACACUACACUAAUAUAUCCAUGUUAUUUAAAUCAUGCCAUGUUCUUGUGUUCAUUUUGUUUUUUUGAUGACAUUAUGUUCUUCUUGCUGUAACUGCAGUUGGUGUUGGUAAUGAUUAGCUAAAUUAAAUUAUGUUUUAAGCUGUAUAUGCUCUGUAAUUGUAAUAAAACUUUUAUGUCAGCUUGAUGAAAUUUUAAAUAAGUAAAAAAGUAUUACGUAACUAAAGCAGGCAACAUUUUCAGUGUAUUUCUGUCUUAACCCUCAUUUCCGUCAUUGGUGAAAGAUGGACAUCUUAACAAACAUUUCAUUUUUGGUUUUUAGUUGAAUUUCAACUCCACAUGUCUGAAAUUCAUCAUUAAA